GCAGAGGGCGGCGGCAGUGGUGGUGGCUGCCGGAGCAGCCCGGGAGGAGGAAGCGGCAAGGAUGGCGGCGGCGGCGGCGUGGGCUCGGUGGAGAUGAGUGCCCGCGGCCCCAGGCCCAGGGCGGCGCGGCCGGAGUGGGCGGGGGUCCCGAUGCAGUCCCAAGGGGGGCCAUGGGGCAGGUCCUGCCGGUCUUCGCCCACUGCAAAGAAGCUCCAUCGACAGCCUCUUCUACCCCUGACUCCACGGAAGGAGCAAACGACGACUCGGACUUUCGGGACCUGCACACAGCCCGGGAAUUCUCGGAGGACGAGGAGGAAGAGACCACUUCGCAGGACUGGGGCACCCCCCGCGAGCUGACCUUCUCUUACAUUGCCUUUGACGGCGGCGCGGUGGGCUCCGGAGCGCGCCGAGAUUCCUUCACCCGCCGGCCCCGACCCCAGGGCCGCUCAGUGUCCGAACCCCGGGACCCACACCCUCAGCCUGGCCUGGGCGACAGCUUGGAGAGUAUCCCCAGCCUGAGCCAGUCCCCGGAGCCUGUACGCCGGGGAGACCCCGACUCUGCCCCGCUGGCUGAGCACCCCCUGGAAGAGCUGGGGCUCCAGCUGGGCGAGCUGGACUGGGCGGCCCGGGGGGCGGGAUCCGGGGAGGACUCUGCCACCGGUAGCUCCACCCCGCUGGAGGACGAGGAGCCCGAAGCAUCAGAGGCAAGGGAGGCUGGGAAAGAACUGGACGUACAACUCGGACUCGCUCAGUCCUCGCCGCCCGAAGACUUGACUCCACAAUCCAGCCCUGGCUCUGGGAACCCCCAGGCCUGUACCCCAUCUCCACCCGGAUCCCGGGAUUCGAACUCUUGGCCUGAGGAGCCCUCGCCGGAUGAGAAAGAGGAAGAGCCAUGGGGGCCGCUGGCUCGGGAGCCAAUCACGGGGCAGUGCCUCGUUUGCACGGACCAAUCAGAAUUCACAUUGGAACCACACCUUCUAGUGGCGGACCUGCUGUACUGGAAGGACACGAGGACGUCAGGAGCGGUCUUCACGGGCCUCAUGGUCUCCCUGCUGUGCCUCCUGCACUUUAGCAUCGUGUCUGUGGCCGCCCACGUGGCCCUGCUGCUGCUCUGUGGCACCAUCUCUCUCAGGGUUUACCGAAAAGUGCUGCAGGCUGUGCACCGGGGGGACGGUGCCAACCCCUUCCAGGCCUAUCUGGACGUGGACCUGACCCUGACUCGGGAGCAGACAGAACGUUUGUCCCAGCAGAUGGCCUCCCAGGUGGUCUCUGCGGCCACCCAGCUGCGUCACUUUUUCCUGGUAGAAGACCUUGUGGACUCUCUGAAGCUGGCCCUUCUCUUCUACAUCUUGACCUUCGUGGGUGCCGUCUUCAAUGGUUUGACACUUCUCAUUCUGGGAGUGAUCUGUGUAUUCACCGUCCCACUGCUGUACCGGCAGCACCAGGCCCAGAUCGACCAGUAUGUGGGAUUGGUGACCAAUCAGUUGAGCCACAUCAAAGCUAAGAUCCGAGCUAAGAUCCCAGGGACCGGAGCCCUUGCCUCCGCAGCAGCCACAGUCUCUGGAUCCAAAGCCAAAGCCGAAUGAAAAGGGUGUCUCUGCCUGCGGGACACCUGCUCCCACCCCCUGCACAGCCCUCUGCUCCCCUUAUUCUCCCUUUCAUCCCCACCCUCUUCUUCCUUUCUCAGCCCCAGCCAUUUUCGGGUGGGUGUCUGGAUCACUCACACCAGGGAGUUAGCGCAAAUUGCCUGAGCGGCCGGGACUACAUUUCCCAUGAGGCUCUGCUCUAAGAGUCCAGGGAAAACGAGGCACCUUGGCCAGGGUCCUGCUGGGACUUGUAGUUGCCUAGCUAGGGCACCUGCCCUGCACUUACGCGAACCCGCCUCUGGAGGCGCCGUGAAGGGUUGGUGUCUUCUGGACGCUACUGGGCCCAACGCCGCCGGGGCUUUGCAUGGGGCUCAGGGGAGGGCAGAGCUUGGAUUUACACUGUAAUAAAGACUUCUGUGGAAAACCCAAGGCUUCCUGUUCUUCAAGCACCCUGCAGCUUUUACCUUCACUUAAAGUACUUAAACAAUAUGCAAUGAGGACCCUUGCCCAUCUAUGUGAAGGAAGCCCCCUCUACCAUCUGUUUAGAUUAUGAAAUGAUUGGGGGGAGGAUGCUGAGAAAUUGCCAGUCCCAGGGCUAACCAAGCAUUGGCAGCCACUUUCAAUACCUGUGCAGAAGGCAGACAUCACUAGUCAAUCCCCACAUCUGACCUCUAUGCAGCCAUCUCAUGGGGAUCCAGACCGGUCCAACUGCCUUCUGAACCACUGCCCUGCAAACAUCCAAACCCCUAAGUUGUCCUGCCUGAUUUCCAACUCAGGGAUGCUCUCUCUGCCCGCAUCAUCACCCCGCCUGAGACCGGGGUUGGGCCCUGGGCCUCUAUUCCCUCACCUCCCACAUCUAAUCAGUCAGGAAGCCAUGUCUAUUUCAUCUCCCAAACCUCUCUCGGCUACCCUGUUCUUCCUAUUCCAACUGUGCUGGGACCAAACACCGGGCCUCAUGGCCUCUCUGGGCCUCAGGUUCGUGGAAGCUGAGGGAGGAAGAGAAAGGACACCAGAGUCUAAAGGUUUACAGACCUGAAUUUGAAUUCCAGUUUUACUACCUCUUGGCUGUGUGACUUUGAGCUAGUGACUUCACCUCUUGAAGCCUUAGUUUCCUCGAAUGAAAAAAGGUCGCCAUAACCAUGUGUACAUGUAAAGCCCUUGUCACAGGGCCUGCCAUGUAAUAUACAUCCAUGAAACAGAAGCUGCUAUUGUUAUUUUCGGCGUGAUUUCCCAAACCUCAGUCCUUUCCUCACCACCUUCAAGAUGACGAUGU